AAGAACCUGUCUAUGGAGAUAGAUACCGGCAGUGCGAUUUCUUGUAUAAGUAAUGAUUGUUAUAGAAAAAUGUUUUCGGAUUGUGAGUUAAAACAAAGUAGUUUGUGUUUACGUUACUAUACUGGGGAGAUUGUAAAACCGGUAGGCAUUGUGACAACUAGUGUUGGUUAUAAUGGAAGAUGUAAACAGUUAGAUUUACAUGUUAUAAAUGGAGGAAAAACUAAUCUGUUAGGUAGACAAUGGUUGAGCGAGUUAGUUCCAGAUACAGUGAUGUGUUUGCCGAGGGACUGGGGAGAUUCACUGGCGGAAAGGUGGGGUUCCGGCUGCGGAAGGACGCGCGGCCCGUGUUCCUUCGCGCCCGUCCUCUGGCGUAUGCGCUGCGCGAGCCGGUGGAGCGCGCGCUGGACUCGCUGGUGAGGGACGGAGUGAUCACGCCGGUGAGCUCGUCCGACUGGGCUACGCCAAUAGUACCAGUCAUGAAGAAAGAUGGCACUAUUAGGGUAUGUGGCGAUUUUAAGAUAACCUUGAAUAAAUGUGUGGAGGUGGAUCGUUUUCCUUUACCGCGCGUCGAGGAUUUACUAGCUAAGCUACAUGGUGGCGAUAAGUUUUCGAAGAUUGAUUUGUCGCAGGCCUAUGCGCAAUUCGAAUUAGAUGAAUCUAAGAUAUAUACAGUGAUUAAUACGCAUAAGGGUCUUUUUAGGUAUAACCGUUUAAUUUAUGGCUUAGCCUCGAGUCCGGGUAUCUUUCAAAGAAAGUUAGAAGAGAUGUUUGCGGACCUGCCUAGGGUGGGUGUAUUCCUCGAUGACGUCAUCAUAACGGGAGUUGACGAUAGCACACAUCUCGCGACACUGAAUGAGGUGUUUAGGAGGUUACAGAGGUACGGUUUAAAGGUAGCAAAAGAGAAGUGUACAUUCUUUGCCGAAUCAGUUACCUAUUUGGGCUUUGUAAUUAGUAAAAAAGGGGUUCAUACUUUGCCGGAGAAGAUUGAGGCUAUAAAAAAUGUUUCAACUCCUACUAAUGUAAACGAGUUGCGUUCAUUUUUAGGACUAGUAAUGUACUAUGCAAAGUUUGUACCAAAUAUUAGCACGUUAUUGGCUCCUCUAUACACUCUAUUAAAGAAAGAGGUGAAGUUUAUUUGGAACGAACAAGCGGAACAAGCUUUUAAUGCGGUAAAAGCGUUACUGAUCUCUAGUAAGGUCCUGGCGCACUACGACCCCGCACUGCCGCUGGUGCUGACUACAGACGCGAGCGGCGUGGGGGUGGGCGCCGUCAUCUCGCACCUCACAGCCGCUGGGGAGCGCCCGGUCGCGUACGCAUCGCGCUCACUAAACAACGCGGAGAAAGGGUAUUCGCAGAUAGAAAGGGAGGCGCUUGCUAUCAUAUAUGGAGUACGGAAGUUCCAUCAAUACCUAUACGGUAGAAAGUUUACACUGCGCACAGACCAUAAACCGCUCGUUACAAUUUUCGGAGACAAAACAGGGAUACCGGUGAUGGCGGCGAGCAGGAUGCAGCGCUGGGCGGUGAUAUUAGCUGGUUACAAUUACAAUAUUGAGUAUGUACGCAGUGAAAAGAAUGCAGCGGACGCGUUGUCUAGAUUACCGGUAGGGUUAGCAAAAAAAGAAGGCUCGGAGAUAACUUACCUUAAUUUCGUACAAAAUUUUAUGCCGAUUACUAGGAAAACUGUACAAGAACACCUCGAGAGAGACGAAACCAUGAAGAAGAUUAUUUAUUUUGUGAGAACGGGCUGGCCUGCAAAGUGUACAGACGAAGACAUAAAACCGUUUUUCAUGCGUCGUAAUGAGUUAUACUUGGAUUUAGGGUGUAUAGUAUGGGGUUAUAGAUUAGUUAUACCUAGUACACUGAGGGAAACUCUGUUAAAAGAGUUACAUUUGGGGCAUAUGGGUAUAGUAAAAAUGAAAAGUUUAGCUCGCAGUGUCAUGUGGUGGCCGGGUAUCGACGCCGACAUCGAGCGUGCCUGCAAGGAGUGCGUCGCAUGUGCGUUGGAGAACCCGGCGCCGCCACAUGCGCCGCCACAACCUUGGCCUUAUCCAGCAGAACCGUGGACGAGGCUGCAUAUUGAUUUUUUAGGUCCCUUUCACGGCAGUAUGUUUCUAGUAAUGAUAGAUGCAACAACUAAAUGGUUGGAAGUAUACCAGAUGCAAAGAACAACGGCUGGUGCGGUUAUUAAAGUGAUGAGGGAGGUAUUUGCACGUUUUGGAUUACCAAAAGAAAUUGCAUCAGACAACGGACCCCCAUUUACUAGCAAAGAAUAUGGCGACUUUUUGACAGGUAACGGUAUUAAAAAAACCCUAAUAUCAGCUUAUCAUCCAUCAUCGAAUGGCGCAGCAGAGGGUGCCGUUAAACUAUGUAAACGAGCGGUAAAAAAAUCAUUGCGCGACGGGUGCGAAGUUGACGUUGCGUUGCAAGCAUAUUUAAUGGCGUACAGGAACGUACAGCAUAGCACGACGGGGGCAUCCCCAGCUAUGCUUUUACAACGUCGACAGUUACGCUCACGGUUAGAUUUGCUAAAAGGAGACAGACAAGUUGAAGAUAAGGUACGGGAAGCGCAGCGGAAACAGGCGCUGAACGCGGGUGGUACUAAUAGGGAGUUUAGUGUUGGGGAUAGCGUCUGGACUAGGAAUUAUGCAGGAGGAAGGAGAUGGUUAGAAGGACAGGUCGAACGAAAGGUCGGGUCACGUAAUUAUAUUGUCAGUAGGGAAGACGGUCCACCGCUCAACAGACACGUAGAUCAAAUAAAAAGUAGAGGGGUGACUUAUAAUGUGCCAGUGCCCACACCGUGUGAGACAGACUGUAUGGAUACUCUGUUAGCGAGUCCAGGGACAGAAAGGGCAGAGGGUUCGGACGUGCCCGCACACUCCGUACUGCCAGCAAGCUCGGACGCGUCCGUGCUAUCCGCACCGCCGCCGCCAGUGAAUAUCCCGGGGCCCACACUUAGACCUAGGCAUUUAUUAAGACCAGUUCAUAGAUAUGGUUUAGAUAUAGAUUAAGUAAGGGACGGUUGUUUGUAAAAUAUGUUUAGAAUUUUUGAUAUCAGUGUCUGCGUCACCUAUAUGUAAGUAAUUGUAUUGUUAUUUAUAAAUGUUACUAUGAGUGUUAGUUAAGGGUGAGGGUGUAAUGUAUGUGGGUAUCUUUCUGUUGUUUAUUAUUAUAAUUGUUAUGAGGGUAGUUUUCACUUCCUCUCUCUCCGAAUAUAUGUGUCGUAUCGAACGGACGUGUUUCAUUGUGUUCUCUUGAAACCCAAACUUGUAGACU